AAGACACGCGUCAGUCAGGCGGGACACAUGGCGGGGGGUGGACUCGCGGGGCCCCUCACCAAGUGUUCCUGUAGUUUCCUUAUUGCUAGUGUGAGUGGUGCGUCGCGGGGGGGGAGGGAGGCACCGCGGCACUGGCUCAGGUUCCUUUGGCAUCCUACAUGGGAAAGGAGGGAAGGAAGGAAGGCAAAGGAUUCAGAGUAACUGCAGGAUUUGUCUCGCCAUUAUGGAAGGAUGCGCAGGUGAGAUCGCAUUGGGUCCACGCGCAUGCUCAGAACUUCAGUCAGGCAACCAAACGUGGAUUGAAACCAGACCAGACCACUGAAACCAGACAACACCGCUCGCCACACCCACUGCCUUCUGACAAGCUACCAUGGUGCCGCCGCGCUGUGCCCCUUCUGAAGAAAUCACAAAAAUGUCUGGUAUCUUUUAUUUCUCACAAAGGACGUACUGCACCGGUGGCGUGGCUUUGAGGGAAGCGUCUCUUUGUGUUCCUGCCCACCACUUUACUGAACACAUGAAGGUGCUCCAGAGUUUCAAGAAGGGUGGCACACACACUUUGCUGCACUACAAGCUUUGGAGGUCCAGCGGCACACUGCACACUGCUUCCCUAAACAUGUGUGCAGAGUGCAAGACAGGGGCAAGGAUGGAGGAUGCUGCAACAUUGACAGCAUCUUUGAUUCAGGCUUUCUUUUUUUGUGGAAAAUAGUGUAGACAGUUUUAACCAAAGGAUUGUAUGUCAUCAUUCAUAUUCAUAGAUUUCAUGACCUUUGUGCAUCAGAUCACUUCAUUACAUGUUAGUGUGUAUUUAGUUACAAGGAGUAACAGUUUAUGAGAUUUGUAGGGUGUAAAAAGUGACUUAUAAGAGAUCUUUCAUUAGGAAGAUUUGUGUCAAGGUGUUUGUUUAUCAGCAUGAUCUAGUUGUCAGUCUUAACAGUCCACAUUGUACGCACAUGAACCAUUGACCACUGCACUUCCUGCAGAUGGAACUUCAGUCAGCACUGCAAGGUGUGUGUGUGAGGGCGGGGAGGGUUAGCUUUGUGGGCAAGUGUGCCAGUCAUGCCUUUUUUUUAUGAAGGGAAGAGAACCAGCCAAGGGCAAAAAAGAAGAAAAGAUUAAAAAAGGCCCACUUGAUGAUGUCAAUGUCUCAUUUAGGGCAAAAUGAUGUGUGUGAUGAGGUUUAUGUACAUUUUUGAGUGAGAAUGUUUGGACUGAUGGAAUAGUAAGUUUGUCAACUUUCUAGAGGUUCAUUGUUACUGUUCUGUGUAAGAUUUCAGCGGCCAUAUUGUACAAAUCGUCAUAGCUAGUGGUGUGACCAUACUUUGUUGGGAUGCACAGUCUAACUAUUCCCAAAGUAGUAAUAUAAAUUGUAGAAAUGAUGUCAAGGAUCUAUUUCUUUGUAUACACAUAAAAAGUUGACAAGUGAUGAGCCCAAAGACCAGCAGUGCAGUGGAGUGACGGUCAGGCAUUCAGUGAGACCUGAGGCUGACUGUGUAGAAUGCGGCCCCAGAAUGAUGGUCUGUGUUUUGUGUAUUUAUGGUGACAAUGUAGUGUUGCAAGGGACAACAUGCUGUUUGAGAGCAAUGCCAUUGUGAAAUGUUUAAAAAGUCAUUGUACAGAGUUGAUAGCUAUACUACUAUUAUGUUCUGAUAUUCAAUUUUUUUGUUAGACAAAUGUAUUGAUGGUAAUGAUUGUAAAAAUUUUUCUAAGUUGAAAAUUUUUGUAGAGUUUUCAGCUUUGUGUAAAAUGUGUUGAUUGAAUAAAAGUGAAGGAAGGGAGA